AUGGCAGCUUCGAAUCUGAAAGUGAAACUCCUGGUGGACAAGAAGGCCCAGAGAGUCUUGUUUGCAGAGGCAGGGAAGGAGGUUGUGGACUUCCUCUUUAACCUCUUGGCCUUGCCUGUUGGAACUGUUGUUAAGUUGCUGAGUAAGGAGAGCAUGCCAGCCGCAUCUACUCCUGAUAAACCCACUGUAUAUUUCUACAAUUGCGGCGUCUAUGGUUGUGGUCAAAAUUAUGUAACCGGUGACCGUGGUACUCCCUGUCCUGGUUGCCGAAAUCAGUUGUCAACCCAGAUGACUUAUGUUGCUGGAGCUGCUGGAACAGCAGCGGAGCAGCGACGCGUAGAUUGUGGAGCAGGGUAUGUGAAGGGAUUGGUGACUUAUAUGAUAAUGGAUGAUCUGUCUGUCACACCCUUCUCUACCAUUUCUGGUAUCACUCUCCUGAACAACUUCAAUGUCAGGGAAGUGGGUUCUCUUGAAGAGAAGGUUUUUGAUUUGGAUAUGGAUUUGGGUCUCGCAAUUUUAAAAGCUUCUUUGCAAUCAGAGACGGUUCUUACAGAUGUCUUUCUUGGGAGUAAGAAGCUGAAAUAG